AACUCGAUUAUUUAUAGUCUCGAGCACACACGUAAAGUAUUUGCCAAACGGAAUGGAUCGCAAGUAGUAAUACUAUCUGCAGACCAACAAUAAUAACAACAAAAUGAACUACCUUAAGGUUGCGUAUAGAUUUUUCAAGAAGGCUGGAAUACUUGGAUAUGGCAAAAAGAAAAACAUCUUAGGCAUGAACCCUUUACUAAUCUCAACUCUAUUCAUAGUCCUAACAGCUCUAUUAGCGAACGCCGCCAGGAAGUUAGUAAAGACCGCUCUGAACGAUGGAUUAAUGAGGCAGUUGCUGUUGGAGUUCAUAGCUACAGCAGAAUUGUGCGCUACCUGCUUUGAACUGAUAAUUGUUGCUGACAAUUUUGGAGUAUGGGUAUAUGCAUUAUAUUUGUUCCUACUGACUAUUUGGUGGGGAAAAACAUGGGAGAACGCGUCUGCUUGUCCUUACAACAUCAUGGAGGAAGUAGCGGAAGGUACGCAGAAGAUAACCACAGCCACUCUUCUGAUCUUAUCCCAAGUAUUGGGAGGACUGGUAAUAUUCAGAUACAUACAGAUACUAUGGUCUUUGGAGUUAACCGAGAAUCACAGAGGUAGAGCCGAUGAGGAAUGCACCGCUGAUUUACAGGUGCCUAUGUUGUUUGGAGCCAUGGUCGAAGGCAUUGCAACUUGCCUUUGCCGUUUAACAUCAAAGUUCUUGGGUGAUACCGAGGCUAGGUUUGCAAGCACCGUGGAUUCUUUCUUUGCUACGAUGAUGGUUGUCGCUGCGUUCAAUUUUUCUGGAGGAUACUUCAAUCCCGCUUUGGCUACCUCUUUGAAGUUCGGAUGCGAAGGGAAUACUGCUGUUGAACACAUGAUUGUCUAUUGGGUUGGAGCUUCUGUUGGAUCUCUGCUCAGCGUCUUCAUUUACUCCUCGAAACCCAUGAAGAAUUUAGUUUGCAGACUCAAACCCAAACAGGAAUAACGACAGCUGAUCGAUAGGAAAAUGAUUGUUAAGUUUAAACAUAAAUUUUAUUCACUUGAA